CUAGUCUUCCCAAGACAUCGUUUAUAUAAAUCAGCCUUUAUGUAUGCUACAUUCACUGCGAGCUUGCGAAAAAAUUUGUCUCCGCUCUUUUCACUCUGUUUGCAAAACCUCCCCAGCGCCAAUGCCUCCGCUGCGAACCCGCUCCCUUCUCUUCUCCUACAUCUUCUUUACAAAUCGUGACAGUAUAUUGCAAUGGCUCGUCAGAAACCGCCGCCAGAAGUACGCUACGAUAAACGCCUCUCUGCCGCUACGAACAAUGAAUUGCGCUAUCUCCACAAGGAACGCCGCCUUCGAAUCAACCGUAUAUAUGACUCCAUCACGCACAAUCGCGGAUUCGCUGCUACCGCGCUCCCGUAUACCGACGGCACUGACGACAUCUUCCAAUUCGUUCCGCAUGGAUAUGUGACCGGCAACGGUGAAACGAAGAUAUUCUAUUCUGACGGCUCCUUUCACCACGAUAUCGAAAAAGACGGUCUCUUAGCUGCCGCAGUGGCGUGGAAAGAGCGGGACUGGCAAGGAAACGAGUACUGGGAAGAAGAAACUACAGAUAUCGAGCGCAACACCGGAACUAUUCUUGAUGCAGAGCUGGAAGCAGUCCUGAUGGCACUCGAAAUCGCUCUUCAACGCGCAAACGAACCGAAUAACGACAUCAGAAACGUUAUUAUCUUCACCGACUGCCAGGAUAUGGUGAGAAUGCUUGCUGGCGAGAAGACUGCCUUGGCCCUUGGCCCCGUGCCAUUAGACGGCAAAUGGGCACUUGAAGAUAUUUACAGUCACUCUGCUACAUUGAAGGGGAAUGGCAUCAAUGUGGUGAUUGCAUGGAUUAAGGGCCAUAAGGCAGGGUGCGAGGGAAACCGGAAAGCGGAUCGCGCCGCAAAUCGAAGAAUCGUUGCCCAAUCGAAGGAGGAGUAUCGAGAUCUCAUCGAAAAUGAGAUGUUUUUGAAAAGGAAUUGGAAUGAUGUGAAGGAAGAAUAUCUUUUCCGAAAGAGUGGGACUUGGUUUAGGCACGGCAUUGGGAAGUGCUAUGUCAACCCUACGCUUUCAGGGCAUGCUGCUGAGCCGGUUCGGGAUGAGGAGAGGCAGACUGCGCCACCAGUUCAGCAUCUCUGGGGCCAGACGAAACCUUUGGAGAAGAAGAGGAUUGACUAUGGCAAGCUGUAUGCGAAGGGGACUGGGGAGUAA